AUGUUCACGGGGCCCGACCCCAGCCCCGACCCUGGAUUGGAAGUGCCCCCCGGUCCACUCGAAGAAGGAAACUGCCAAGCAGACCAUCUGAUUGUCCCAGUUGAAGAACGGACGAUUCCUUUGGACAGAAUGCUAGCAACUUCGAGCGUCAUGGCCGCCUGGAUGGCUACAAGGAUCGCGAUCGAAUCAGGCCUUGCCCCGGAGGUCAUGGACUGGAUAUCUCAUCGGCCCGAGUUGGCGACACCGGUUAGCGGCUGGAAGCAACUCAAGGAAGGGAUUUACUUAUUCGAAGAAGGCCUCGAUCCGUAUGACAGCGGGGUAUUCCAUCAAUCGCCUCUGUUGCUUCACCUCUUCUCCUUCGUCCAUUCGCCAUUUCUCGUCACCUUGGUCUACGGCUUAGUCGACUGCUAUUCUGCGUGGAUCUUGCUCCGUCUGUUUCGAUCGAAAUGGCCCAAACUCACUGGGCCUGUCAAGUCUAUAAAGCUCAAAGACGACCAGUGGAUGCUCAGUCCGACUUAUCAGAUCGAAGAUUGGCAUCUAAUCCUAUUCUACCUAUUCUCACCCCUAAAUAUCCUGACCAGUUUGUCGAAAUCAACAGUCGUGUUCAACAAUCUGGCAGUCCUACUUGCGCUCGAUGGCGCGCUUCAAAACCAGAUGGCGUUUUCGAUGUUCUCUCUGUCAAUCGGUACCCAUCUGAGUGUAUAUCCUGCACUUUUGGUCCCCAGCUGUAUCGGGAUUAUUCUUGACCAAAGAGCCUCAAAAUCUACAACAUCCACAAUAGCAAAAUCAUUGGGUUUUUUCAUUGGGCACUUUAUGUCAAUUGGUCUAUUCACGCCGCUCAGUGUGCUGUUCUCUCAGCUUGAUGUCAACAAAUAUUUACGACCCAACGUAGGAUUACAUUGGUAUUUCUCAAUCGAAAUGUUUGAUCAUUUCAGACUGUUUUUCAAUGUGGUCUUUCAGAUCCACCUUUUGAUUUACAUCUUACCACUGAUUAUCAAGUUCAAGACGGAAAAGGUUUUUGGGUUUGUAGUGAUGAGUGGAGUAAUAUCGACUUUCAAGUCCUAUCCAUCGAUUGGGGAUACCUGUUUUUCCAACACAUUGCUAUUGCUACUCUAUCCGGAAUUGAUUGCUUAUUUCCGACAUCCGCUGCUGACAAUAUCCCUCUACUUUUACGGGCUCUGCCUCUUACCUGCCUUCCAUCAUCUAUGGAUGAACCUGGGCUCAGGAAAUGCGAAUUUCUACUAUGCUUCUACACUCGUUUGGGCAAUCGCCAAUGGGCUCGUCUGGAUCGAUGCCAUUUCGGCUAUGCUCAAAAGAAGCUUCCGAAUCGUCGAGUUGGGCGCCAAGGAUAUCGACGAAUCUAAUGAAGUUAUCGUUCAAAUCUGA